GGGAGAAAAGGCAGGGCCCCGGCUAAGAUGGCCGCUGCUGCCGCUGGUGUGGGCCGCCUCGAAGAGGAGGCGCUACUGUGGAAAGAAUGGCUGAAGGCCCUCUGGGAGAAAACCGGGCGCAAAGACAGGGAAGGUGGGGAGCCACAGACCAAGCAGCUCCGAGAAGAGGAAGAAGAUGGGAAGCACAGGGGUCUCAGGCUUUGCAACUAUGUCCUGGAGGAUGAGGACCUGAAGAGGAGGAGGGUCCCCCAGGCCAAACCAGUUGCAGUGGAAGAGAAGGUGAAGGAGCAGCUAGAGGCUGCCAAGCCAGAGCCUGUCAUUGAGGAAGUGGAUCUGGCCAACCUGGCACCCCGGAAACCUGAUUGGGAUCUCAAGAGAGAUGUGACCAAGAAGCUGGAAAGGCUAGAAAAGCAGACCCAGAGAGCCAUUGCAGAGCUGAUCCAUGAAAGGCUCAAAGGCCAAGAAGACAGCCUGGCUUCUGCAGUGGACGCUACCUCCGGACAAGAGGCCUGUGACUCUGACUGA